CUGCUAUCCUGCCCCUCGCUGCUCUUGCACUCGCACACUCUCCACCCACUGCUCUGAUACCCCUACAACUCAAUACACAUCAUAAUACCUCUGCUCGCUCACUAUGUUUGUCUUUAAACGUGAUGGACGCAAGGAACGCGUGCAGUUCGACAAGAUCACAGCACGUGUGUCGAGGCUAUGUUACGGCCUCGACCCCGACCAUGUCGACCCUGCUGCUAUCACAAUGAAGGUCAUCUCUGGCGUGUACCAGGGCGUGACGACAGUUCAAUUAGACGACCUGGCCGCUGAGACGGCAGCAUACAUGACCACGACACAUCCCGACUACGCCAUUCUCGCUGCACGUAUCGCCGUAGCAAAUCUCCACAAGCAGACCAAGAAGAAGUUUUCGGCUGUCAUAUCAGAUCUCUACACCUACGUCAACCCCAAGAACGGCACGAGCCAACCCAUGAUAUCUCAGCCAGUGCACGACUUUGUACAGGCCCACGCCGAGGAGCUCAACUCGGCCAUCGUCUACGACCGCGACUUCAACUACCAGUUUUUCGGUUUCAAGACCCUCGAGCGCUCAUACCUCCUCCGCAUCAACGGCAAGGUGGCCGAACGCCCACAACACAUGUUGAUGCGUGUUGCUGUUGGCAUCCACGGUGAGGACAUCGAAAAGGCGAUCGAGACAUACGACUACAUGUCGCAAAAGUACUUCACACACGCGUCUCCCACACUGUUCAACGCAGGGACACCGUCUCCGCAGAUGUCGUCCUGCUUCCUCAUCGACAUGAAGGAGGACAGCAUUGACGGCAUCUACGACACCCUGAAGACAUGUGCUUUGAUCUCCAAGACUGCUGGCGGUAUUGGUCUCAACGUGCACCGUAUCCGUGCCACGGGCGCAUACAUCGGUGGAACGAACGGAACAUCCAACGGUCUCAUCCCCAUGCUCCGCGUCUACAACAACACCGCCCGCUACGUCGACCAGGGUGGUAACAAGCGUCCAGGUGCCUUCGCCAUCUACCUGGAGCCAUGGCACGCCGAUGUUUUUGGCUUCCUUGACCUGCGAAAGAACCACGGCAAAGAAGAAGUCCGCGCCCGCGACCUUUUCUAUGCCCUGUGGAUUCCUGAUCUCUUUAUGAAGCGCGUCCAAGAGAACGGCGAAUGGACUCUGAUGUGCCCCAACGAGUGCCCCGGCCUUGCUGACGUCUACGGCGACGAAUUCGAGGAGCUUUACCACAAGUACGAGAAAGCGGGCAAAGGACGUGAGACAAUACGUGCUCAGAAGCUCUGGUAUGCCAUUCUUGAGGCCCAGACUGAGACUGGCAACCCCUUCAUGCUCUACAAGGAUGCCUGCAACAGGAAGAGCAACCAGAAGAACCUCGGUACCAUCCGAAGCUCGAAUCUGUGCACGGAGAUCGUCGAAUACACUGCUCCUGACGAGGUUGCCGUAUGCAACCUAGCCUCCCUUGCUCUUCCAUCCUACGUGGACUACAAGCGAGGCGAAUUCGACUUCAAGAAACUCCAUGAGGUUGUUCAGGUCGUCACACGCAACCUGAACAAGAUCAUCGAGGUCAACCACUAUCCCGUCGAGGAGGCUCGCCGAAGCAACUUCCGUCACAGGCCCAUCGGUCUUGGUGUGCAAGGUCUUGCUGAUACAUUCCUUGCCCUUCGCUUGCCCUUCGAGUCCCCAGAAGCCAAGAAGCUCAACAUUCAAAUCUUCGAGACCAUCUAUCAUGGUGCUCUCACGUCGUCAUGCGACAUUGCCAAGGAGCUUGGUCCUUAUGCUACAUACGAAGGCUCGCCGGUCUCGCAAGGCCUUCUUCAGUAUGACAUGUGGAAUGUUACUCCCACUGACCUCUGGGACUGGGCCUCCCUGAAGGAGAAGAUUGCGCAACACGGUGUCCGCAAUUCUCUCCUCGUUGCGCCCAUGCCCACCGCCUCCACCUCUCAGAUUCUCGGAAACAACGAGUGCUUUGAGCCCUACACGUCCAACAUCUACUCCCGCCGUGUGCUUGCCGGCGAGUUCCAGGUCGUCAACCCAUGGCUACUCAAGGAUCUGGUCGAUAUGGGUCUGUGGACCGAGAACAUGAAGAACCGUAUCAUCGCCGACGGCGGUUCCAUCCAGAGGAUUCCCAACAUCCCCGAGGAGACCAAGAAUCUGUACAAGACUGUUUGGGAGAUCUCACAACGAACAAUCAUCCAGAUGGCCGCUGACCGUGGUGCUUUCAUCGACCAGUCUCAGUCUUUGAACAUUCACAUGAAGGAGCCGACCAUGGGCAAGAUUACUUCCAUGCACUUCGCAGGAUGGAAGCUCGGUCUGAAGACUGGCAUGUACUACCUCCGCACGAUGGCUGCCUCUGCUCCCAUCCAGUUCACGGUCGAUCAAGAGGCCCUCAAGGUCGCAGACACAAAUGUUGCGCGAGCGCUCACCAACAAGAGGCGUCAGCCUGGGUUCCAGAACGGACCUUCCGGCUCUCCCGCUGUUGCCCCAAGUCCAAUGUAUGUCACCAAGUCGCCCAACGGUGCCGCCGACCCGAAUGAUGUGCCCGCAGCUAGUACAGCACCCACUGUCUUGGAGAACAAGAGCGUUCCCAAGGAAAAUGCUCUAGCCUCCAAGCCCUUUAAGGCCGACGUUGAGGAGGGUGACAGUCCUAAGGUGCUUGCUUCCGAUCCCCUUAACAAGCCGGUCGAAGAGGAGUCCCUUGCGACCGCUAAGCAGGACGAAGAUGCAAAGGAUGAUAGCGAGACACGGGACGGUGAUAUCUAUGCCGAUGCCGUGCUUGCUUGCUCAAUAGAGAACCCCGAGUCCUGCGUCAUGUGCAGCGGUUAGUCGAGGACAUAUGAUGACUCUGGGUUGGUUUUGGAUUUGCUAGACAUUGGCAAGGCAGGUUGCGGUUGUGUAUCUUGCAUGUUCCUUUUGGACGGUUCACGGCGUUGGACAGUUUCACGUUUGAAUGUUUGGUCGACGCAUGGAGGCAUGAGUUUAUGAGUUUAGAUAUCACCCACAAUAUGAGUAGCGAAUUGACGUUUCCCUGC